AUUUACCCACUGUCAGUCGCAGCUCUCAGUAUCUUUUUCACCACCUGACAAGCAGCAUGAAGAGUGACUGACUCUCCUUGUCUUGUUCCAUUUAGACAACUUUUUCUUUUCUUUAAAGGAAUUUUUUUUUUAAUUUGUUGAUUUUUUUUUUCAUGUUUGGAUUUUUUUUUUUCUGUCAGAGCCUACACUUGGAUGUUUCUGAUAUUUAUAGAAAAAGUUGAAGUGUUGCUGUGUGAAGCACAUUAUUGAUUUCUAAAACAGUUUUAUUUUUGCAUUGUUUGACGAAAAAAAAUCUCUAAGAGUUGGGAGAGGAGGGGAAAAAAAACUUUGUUCUGAACAGCGAUUCCACAGAGAGGAAGAAACACUUGGGCCUGUGUGGAGAAGCAAGUUUCUGGAUUACCCUUUGUCAACUCAUGUUAUUCCUCUCAUUGUGAUCAUCAGUGUUUCCUGCAUCUAAUUGCAGUGGGUUAAAUUUAGAAGAAAAAAAGUGAACUCCCAAAAAAUUCUUCCUGCUCCAGAAUAAAAAAAAAUAUUAACUUCAGAGCACAACAGUUGGACUUGGUAGGCAGCAGGACUGAGAGCAGUGUCUACCAGUAACAUGCUUAUUGGGGAUCCGCGUUCUGACUUCUCCAAGAUGUCCAGUAUGAAGUGUGACAGUGCUCAUUCUCCCGUGGACUCUCCCCCAUUCUAUGCUGCUUUUUCCCCACACCCCUCCUUCCUCCACCCUGCCAUUUCUCAGAUUUAUGGACGAGGAUCAGUCCCCUUUCUGGAAGACAGAUUCAAGAGAGAGGACCCACAUUUAUUCUCCCCCUCAGAGAGAACGAAAUCUGACUUCCCCCACCCCCCUCCUCUGUGUUUGCCAACAUCAGAACAUGCUAAGAUGUUGGAGCUGGACUUGACCCAUGGUCAGUAUCGCGGGAGUGACCGGCACUCUCCACUUAGUCCUUCUGAGUACUACCGUCGGCGGGAUAUCCUAAGUACUGGCAGUAGUUCUCAUUCAAGUCCCACUUCUUCACUUUCUGGGGAAAUGAAUUUGUCUCGCUACAGAGGACAAAAAUUUGGAAAUUGUGAGGAGAAUGGCAUAAUGGAGAAGUGUGAAGAUGGCGCUGUUAACCUCACAUCGGGAAGAGAGCCCACAGAAAAUGGCACUAUGAAAGACGAGAAUAUAAAGGGGCCCUCACCCAUUUCUCAGGAGGCAGAGGACAAAAGCCCACAUCACCGUGGAAUGGGUUCCUUCUCCCCGGGCCCAAACUCUCCCACCCCCACCCAGAGUGCAGCUAAACGUAAAGUCAAGUCCAACAGUGCCAUAGAGCUCACCAGUGGCAGCCAGCCCCUCAUGAUGAUGGCAGCCCAGCACGGGGUGCUCCCACAGCAGAUGCAGCAGUUGCUCCAGCAACAGAAUCAGGGUCUUACAGCUCAGCAACUUCAGCAGCAGAUGAUGCAACAUCAGACAGCAAUGUUGCAGCACCAGCAACAGAAACUUCAAGAACAUAUCCUUCAGGAACUCAAUGAGCAACUUCAACUCAAUGUCAUUCAGCAGUCUCAGCUAAUGCAGGGCACUUCUGAUAAAAGCAAGAACAACAAGCAACAGUUGCAGCAACUAGCUGUGCAACAACAGCAACUUGUGCAGCAAAUCCAGCAGAUACAGAUUCAGCAACGGCAGUUUCUCCUAGCAUGCCUGGUUCAGCCAUUUGGAGGGCCUCAAGGGAUGAUGUCCCCCACUGAAAUUCAGCAGUUGUGGAAGGAAGUGGCCACCCAGUCAGGCCUGGAGGGGGAGCAGAAGUCUGUGUUCAAUGGACUGUCCUCCCCCAACACUCCCACACAGUGGCCAAACGGUAUAACAGCCGAGGGAUUCUUACCUGCCGCAGGGCUUUUGAACCAGCCUCUGAUUUCAGUUGACACAGAGGAGAAGGCAGGAUCCCUCAAGACGGGCUGCUUGUUUCGUCACGGUCGCUGUAAGUGGCCAAACUGCGAUACCCCAUGCGAGGACCAAGCCGAGUUUCAGAGGCAUCUGGCCACUGAACAUCAACUGGAUGACCGCAGCACCGCCCAAGCUCGGGUUCAAAUGCAGGUGGUCAGUCAACUGGAAAUUCAGCUGGCAAGAGAGAAGGAACUUCUUCAGGGCAUGAUGCAGCACCUUCAUAUGAAACAGCCCAAGGCAAAGCCAGAACUCCCAUCCCCUCAGAAGACGUUUCAUCCCAAAGUUUCCACCCCUGUACCUAUCUCCAUGGCGACAGUCACACCUCCAGUAGCUGCCCCCAGCCCCCCACGGCCCGUGGCAGCUCUAUCCUCCCCGAUGAAGCAAGCUUCAGUCUCUUCUGUCUCAGCCCCUCCCACCCCCGUUCCCAUGGUGACACACCCUAUGUCCCUCUCCCUGGGGAUCCCCCCCUCAAUGGUGACGUCACUCUCCAAGCCUCCCACCCCACAGUCCCACUCCCAGCCAUCGACCCCCACAGGCAGUGGACCAAUGAGAAGACGUGUUUCAGACAAAUGUAACCUCCCGAUCUCAGCUGGGACAUCAGAGGAAAUCCAAAGAAAUCGUGAUUUCUACAAGAGCACAGAUGUGCGCCCUCCAUUCACCUACGCUUCAUUAAUUCGCCAGGCAAUUAUUGAGUCUCCUCAUAAGCAGCUGACAUUGAAUGAAAUUUACCAGUGGUUCCAGAACACAUUUGCAUACUUUAGACGAAAUGAAGCAACUUGGAAGAAUGCAGUGAGGCACAAUCUAAGUCUCCACAAAUGCUUCAUGAGGGUGGAGAAUGUCAAGGGAGCCGUGUGGACAGUCGAUGAAGUGGAGUUUUACAAAAGGAGGCCUCAGAAGCUGGGAGGAAAUAUGCCCAUUAAAGAUGUUAAAAGUCCCUCAAUGAACACCGAUCCAGUAAUUUUUGGAGAGACAUUUAAUGCCAGCCUACGAGCUGCAAUUGAGCAGGCCACCAUAUUAAAUCAACAUUAUAGUAAUGGUUCUGUUUCCAUGGACGGUGUGGAAGAUUUGUCAAUGAAGUCCAGCAGGAACGAUAGCUCAGAUAACCUCCGUAAACUGGACUCCCCUUCACGAAAUGGCUUCAUGGACGUCAAAGAAGAAAGCUUGGAACAAGAUGAUGCAUUCCUUGAGAAUGGCCAUUCAUCAGUUGGCAGUCCCCUUUCUGUUGUUGUCCAGUCAGGCAACUCCUCCAAAAAAGCCCUAGAUCUGUCCCCUAGAACCCAGUAUGACAGUGAGGUUUCCUUGGACAACCAAGUGGGCAAGGAUACAGGUUGUGAACAGGGUUUAGAUCUGUCCCCAGUUUCAAGGUCUCCAAAGUCCAGAUCACCCAUUGGACGAAUUUCACCCAAUCAGGACACACAUUCAGUGCAGACUUCACAGGAAGCUGUAAUGACAAACAUGUCUGAAUCCCUUGGAUCCUGAAUGUGAAAGAGAAUGGAUGUAUUUUAAUGUUUUACACUUUUUUCUGAUUACUGACUUUAUUGUAUUAAGGUUUAGUCAAACUGAACCUAUUAUUUAUGAUUUAAUUUUUAGACCUGUCAGUGGACCCUUGAGUCACUGAGUCAUUAUUUUUGUGGCCAAUCAAACAAUGUCCAUGUUUUACAAUGUUCAGUUCUUAUUACGAUACAUAUUCAAGUGCUACUGUUGCCUGUUAGCUUUUUUUAGUGUUAUAUAUUCAGUUUUUGUUGUGUUUUUGCUUCAGGUUUUAGAAUACUUAAAAAACUUUGUAGUGUUUGGAUUUUUUUCUUAUAAGUUGAUUUAAAAUAAGAACCAGAUUUUCCUAUUAAAUAUUUUAAGAUAUCUGUAUUUUGAAUUUUAAUCCAUCUUUGAAUACAGAAAUGUACCAAAUAAAUAGAUGUUCUGCUAUGGUAAAUUUUGCUUACUUUUUUGCAGUGUACAUAUAUAUAUUUUUGUAUCUGUUAAAUGUAGUUGUGUGCAAUAGAAGUCGCCCUCUUCUGCAAUAAUUAAUGUUUUUACCCAGAGGAGCAACUUGAAUAGUUUUUCAUGGAUCGAAAAUUUCUAUUCACUUAUUUCUGUAUUAAACAGCUUUUAUGAGGGAAAAUUAAAUGAAGCUAAAUUCAAAGUUUUUUUAAUUAAUUUUUUUUGUACUCUUUCAUAAUUUAAAAAAAAGUACACUUAUUUUAGAACAUUUAAUUUUUUUUAAUAGUACUAGAAAGAUUUAUCAUAUUAUUAUGGAGGGAUAUUUAGAUUUAUUUUAUUGUAUAGAAAAUGAAUUGAUAUGUAAUACCAAAGAAUAGGAAACCUGUGUUACAAUGAUAAUUCACCUCUCCAUUAAUUGUAUUCAGGAAAUGAACUAAAACAGAUGUGUAAAUUUCUUUGAUAUGUAUUCAAAUGAUAAGCAUCGAUUCUGCUCUAAACUUAAACAUUCUGACUCCUUCUUUCAACAUUACACAUAUUUAUAAUAAAUAUAGAGUGUGAUCAAGGGCAUAAUAUUGUCAGUACACAACUGUUGCCAAACAGUAUAUUGAUUUCUAGGUAUGUUAAGAUAUGUAUUUAUAUUUAAAUUUACCCUAUAAAUAGAAAUGGCAUUCUUUGUGAUUGACAAAUCAGUGAAAUUCCUGUUGUUGUCAAAUGAACCAGUAUUUUUUGUACAUACAACUUGUGUUCAUUGUUGAUCAUAGUCGAAGUCUUCAUAGGCACAUCAAUGUUUUUGACUGCUUUUGAAGUUUAUCUUCAAAGACAUAUUAAAAAAUAUUUUCUUUAAAAAAAUCAUUGAUUUUUAUUUGGUUCAAAUAAAUAACAUUUCAAAUAAAAAGAGUCAAGUUACCAAUCACAGAAAAAAAACAAAAAACAUUGGUAUAAAUGAAAAAAGAUCUCACGUCUGUUUCAAACAUUUUUCAUCCUCUUUUUCUUUGUAUAUCGAUCUAGAUAUUUGGUGUAUAGAUGUUGUCAUCGGCUUGGAUUGAUCUUCUCUUAUUGGGGCCAGAAACCCAGAAUCAUUCAAAGUUUUUAACUCCCAUAUAUUUCACUGUCCAUUUUUUUUUAGUAAGACCAAAUAAAAUGUUGUAAUCAGGGAACUGCUUGUAUUUGAUCGAAUGCCUAAGUAUGAUGUAUAUAGAUAUCCAUUGCUUUAGUGGAACAUUUAUAGUUAAAUCAAAAUUCUGUCUUAGCUAUUAUUUUCAUCACCUAAAAAAGAAGAGGGCAGUAGAAUACAAAUUUAGAUCCUAAUUAGAAUUUUUUCUGACUUUGAGGAGAGUUAGUAGAUUCUGGCUUUUCUUUGUUGUUAAAUCUUGUUAACUGUUGCUGCUGAUACUGUUUAUUUUAUAAUGCACUGUUCUAAAUCCAGCGCUAUCAUUCAGUUUGAGUUUUUCUUUUUUCUCCAUUGUUUGCCUUCCUGGAUUCAUUGUGACUAUUGAUGUUGUAUUUUUAAGGAAGGAGACCCAUUGCUUCUGUUCAUCACCUGUUGCUCAUUCAAUAAGACAAAAAAUCAGGGUUGUCAACAAUGUUUUUCAUUCACACCAUUGAGUAAAUGUAAUUUUUUUUUAACUUAAAGGUUCAUUUACCCUCUGAUAGGAGUAAUAACUCUCAUUUUGGGAAGAAAAAAAUUACCUUUUUGUUUUAUGAAAUUCUUGACUUGAAAAGCCACAUUUAUAGAUAUUUUGUCCUAAAAAGUAUACUGAAAGUGCAUGUUUAUUAUUAUAAAUAGUUUUUUCUAUUGGGAAAAUUAUCAGUUUAAAGAAAAAAAUUAUCUUUGUAAACAGAGGGUUGAUGAUACCUAAUUCUUGUGCAUGUUUGAUCUUUAAAGAGAUAUUUGAAGUCACAACUUGAAAGAUUAAAAUUUCAUUUGACUAAUAUUACCUCAUUCUUUCAUCUUUUUUUCAUUAUGUCUAGUCAUUUCCCCUUUGUUAUUUAUUGCAGCCUAUUUUCUUUCUUUUAGUGAAAAGUGCAUUGAGAUCUUUGCUUUUUUUACCAUCACUAUGUUUUCAUCUCAGGAAAUGAAAAUUAAAGAAGAAAUCAUUUUCAAUCAAUUCUUUUCAUUAUGACGUCACUGUGUGACAGGACCAAUCACAUUGGUUGUUACAAAUAGGUUUGUUAAGACCGGUGUAUCUCAUCACACACUUGUUAUAUGUAUGCUCUGCAUCCCUCUCAUGUCAGUCAGAAAUAAAAUUUACAGUAUGCUGGAA